CGCAAGUGUAAACUGUAAACUCCAACCAAUACAUACCAAAAGUGUAAACUAAAAUACAUCAUUUGUUUUGCGUUUACUGUUUGCUGAUGAAAUGUUAUAUUUAUGAAUUGAAAAUAAUAUCAAAUAAAGUCCGGAUAAAUUUAAUUCUGCUCAAACUUAGUUUUAACUGUUAGUUAUGGCGCCUACUGUACAGUAUAGCACUAAGGAUACAGAUACCGGUUCUGAUUCUGAUAGUGCCUCAAGUGGAAGCAGAAGUAAGAGCCCUAGUCCUGCACCUUCUGGGAAAGAAGGAAGUAGAUCUAGAUCAGGAUCUCGUAGUCCAGCAAAAUCUGGUAGUGAGUCACCAAAAUCCAACCAAUCCACACAGUCACAUAGAUCAUCAAAUGCCUCAAGAAGUAAAUCAAAUUCUCCAGCAGGAUCAAAUAGGUCGAGAUCUGCUCAAAGCAACAAAUCAAGAUCAUCAAGCCCUAAAUCUCAAGUAUCUGGCAGCCCAAACAGAACUUCUAAAUCCAGAUCAAGGUCUAGAAGCAAUUCAGGCAGUGCUCGUUCGAGAUCAGGAAGUCGUUCUGGGUCAGACAGUCCAAAAUCCAGACCUCAGAGUCCUAAAUCAGGAUCCAGGAGUCCAAAGUCGCGUUCUGCUAGCCCAAAAUCUCGAUCACACUCUCCAAGUCCUAAAGCUAAAAGUAGGUCCAGGUCCGGUAGUGAGAGUCCAAAAAGUAGAAAAUCCAGAUCAAGGUCUGGGUCAGGCUCGUCUAGGUCUAAUUCCCCAAAUCUCAUGAUAGAUGAUGAUGAUCAAGGAAAGGAGAAAUCUAAGAGCCGGUCACGGUCUGGAUCAAGGCCUUCGAAAUCUCGGUCUAGGAGCAAAUCAAAGUCAAAGAGCCGAUCUCGUUCUAGAUCCAAGAGUUCCAAUGCUUCUGAAGGAAAAGAAGAGAAAAAGAAAAGGCAAGUACUGUCCGACUCUGAAAGUGAUGGAGAAGAGAAGAUUUCGAAACGCAAGGGCUCGGGCAGCGAUUCAGAUGCGAGUGGCAAACCAAAGAAGAAGACGAAGAAACUGGAGGAUUCUGAUGAAGAGAAUCAGGAGAAGGGUGAUAAUGUUACUGCUGACGCACUUUUCGGUGAUGCGUCCGAUAUUAGUUCUGAUGAAGACAAGGAAAAGCGAUCAGAUAGGUCCCGAUCACGGUCGAGAUCACGCAGUCGAAGCCAAGCAAAGUCUGAUGAUGAGAGGCGCUCUGGCGAUGAAGCGAAAGCCAGCGGUGAUGAGGAUGCUCGCGAGAAACCUGAAGAAGAAGAAGAACAGGAGAUACCAGAGACUCGUAUCGACGUUGACAUGCCCAAGAUAUGGACGGAGCUUGGCAAGGAGCUGCACUUUGUGAAGUUGCCUAACUUUUUGUCUGUGGAAACCAGGCCGUAUGACCCUAAUACUUACGAGGAUGAGAUUGAUGAAGAAGAGACUCUGGAUGAAGAGGGCAGAGCUAGGCUCAAGUUAAAGGUAGAGAACACAAUAAGAUGGCGUACAGCGUUCGACAAGGAGGGGAACGCAGUGAAGGAGUCCAACGCCAGGAUGGUGAAGUGGUCUGAUGGCAGCAUGUCUUUGCACCUGGGAUCUGAAAUAUUCGAUGUUUACAAGCAACCCUUACAUGGUGAUCAUAACCACUUAUUCGUCCGCCAAGGUACUGGUCUACAAGGGCAGGCAGUGUUCCGCACCAAACUCUCGUUCAGGCCGCAUUCCACGGACUCGUUCACCCACAGGAAGAUGACGCUCUCGGUAGCUGAUCGAUCAACGAAGACGUCGGCCAUCAAGAUCCUGUCGCAAGUUGGAACAGAUCCGGAUGCUGAUAGGAAAUAUCAGCUUAAGAAAGAAGAAAUGGAGCUUCGAGCCGCGAUGCGGUCCCGAGCGUCGACACGCCCCAAGCGGCGGUCGGGAGGGGGCGGAGGCGCCGGGGGAGCCGGAGGAGGUCGCGCGGGAGCCCGCGACGACUCCGAGGACGAGGGGGGCGUGUCCCUCGCCGCCAUCAAGAACAAGUACAAGCAGGGGCAGAAAGGCACAGCAUCAGCGAUAUACUCUUCGGAGUCGGACGGAUCUGAUCUGGAGACUCGUCGCGCUCGUCGGUUGGACCGGGCCAAGGCUCUCAAGGACUCCGACGAUGAGGGCAGUGAUGUCGACCCUGAAGGUGACGGUGACGCGAAUGAUGCGUCGCAACAAAGUGGCAGCGCGUCUCAUUCAGCUAGCGAUAGUGAAUAGGCGCCUAUGACGUCAAUUAGGCAUAGUUCACAUGGCAAAAAUAAAAUCGGUUUAUUUCUCUUAACAAUUUGAUUAUAUUUUUAAUGUUCAAAUAAUAGGGUUGGGAACGAACUUCGUUGGUUCGCUACGAUUCAUACGGCAAGAAAACGAAUAGCUGCGGUAAACGCAUGAAUUUCACCCCGAGUGACAUAUUUUCAGAUUUUCUCCGAUGCGUCGAAAUAUUUAUAAACAUCGAUAUGUAUACCAUUCAAGGGGCUUUUCUUGCACAACAUUAAUUAGUAAUACAUAUUAUUCAUGUUUAAAAUAUGUAUGUUUGGAUGUUUGCUAUUCAAUUUUGUUAUACAAAAGCUGUUAAAAUUUCUCCCAACUGCCUGACAACCUCGGUACAUAUUUAAUAAACAUGAUCAUAUUAUAACGUUUUUUGCUUUCUUGACGUUUGUGUCAACAAUUUUAUGACUGAUUUAAGCGCCUCUAUGUAUUUAACGAAACGAAAUCUGAAAAAAAUUCGUGUUGAGUAAUGCUGUGUGAACUAGGCCUUAGCGUCACUCAAUACAGUACAUUUAUCGAACAUGUAUACAAUACAAUACUGAACUCUGAAGGAGUAACUGGUAUUGACAAGCUAAAAAGUAGCUGGGUUUGCUGUUACAUAAAAAUAGUUAGAAUUUAACCCGAAACGAAUGAAAGGCAUCAUGCGAAGAAUAAGGCUAAAAGAGAUAUAUGGAAGAUGACGGACGUGAAAACUCCCUAAUGAUAAUUUUCCAGAAAUAAAAUCUGACUUGAUCGGUUUUUCGCCGCUAAAUAUCCGUCUGUCACCAACCAUCCGAAUUGAAAUGUUCCUUAAAGUAUGAAGUAUGCGCAUCUUUUUGAAUGAAGCAAGCACUUGUCAUGUAAUAAUAUUAAGUUUUGUGUACAUAUAUAGUUAGUUUAUAACGUUUUAAGAAAUAAACAUUGACAAAUAA